AUGCAGCUCGAGGCAGGACUGCGCAAGCGCGAGGAGCACGACGACGGCAAAGACCGGCACUCGGCGGUGCGUCGCGGCAACAGCAGCUGGAGUGCAGCCCUCCAUGGCGCCACCAACUACGAGCGCUGGGUGAAGCUCAUCGCGCUGGGGUCGCUGGGCGUCUGGAUGCUCUUCGUGCUCUUCUUCUGGCACACGGGCGUGGCUCCUGCAUCGUCGGUGACGAAGCAGACAGCGUCACGAGCAAGGAAUUACAAUGUGCAACCGUCUAUUCUCGACGGAUUCCCUGAGGAGACCAACUUCAUUGCGUUCGGAGACUUCGGCACGGGCGAUGAGAACCAGCGCAAAGUGGCCCUGGCGCUCGAGAACUUCACGGCCACGAUGGACCCAUCCCCGGCCUUCGUGCUGUCGACUGGAGACCAGAUCUACGACCACGGCAUUGAGUCCGCGGACGACCCGCUGCUCUCGACGAACUUCGAGCAGAUGUACACGCAUCCCAAGCUGCAGGUGCCGUGGUAUGUCACAAUUGGAAACCACGACUGCGAAGGAUCAGUCGACGCGAUGCUUCAGUACGCCGAGAAGAAGGAUUCGUUGUGGUACAUGCCACGCCGAUACUACUCGGUUGACCGUCCUGUGGCCCCGAAAACGAUCUUGAGGCUCGUGGUCAUUGACGCUUGCGACUUGGUUUGCGGCCGUGAACCUCGAGACUUCCGUUGCACUGAGCGCAUGAAUCAGCAGUCCUCGGCGAAAACCCGACAGUCGCAAUACGAGUGGAUCGAGCAAACGUUGAGCGCAGGCAAACCUGCGGGCGUGGAACGAAUGUGGACGAUCGUGAUGGGCCAUUGGGGCGUGUACAGCUUCGCUGGCAACGCCGACACGCCCGAGCUGAUCGACAUGCUGGAUCCGAUGCUGCAGAAGUACAAGGUCCACGCAUACUUCAAUGGCCACGACCACUCGAUGCAGCACGUCCGCAAGGUGAACGACACCGACGAUUCGGUCCGCAACUUCUUCAUCUCAGGUGCCGGUGGCUAUCGGAUCCACGGCUUGCAGCCGAACGCCCGCGCAAAUCCGGACCUAGUUCACGCGGACAUGACACAUGGCUUCAUGUCGGUGCACAUGACACGGACGCACUUCCGUGUUCAACUUGUGGACGACGCCAGCGAAAUUCUCUACACCACAGACGUGAGGUACGAAUAA